GAAACAGGUCCGUGUGGAGUGUCUUUACGACUUUAAGGUUAUGGAGAUGCUGAAAGCCACUUAAGAGGACGUCUACAAACAUGACUGGACCGUGACAUUGGGAAAAGGAGAUCAGAGAGAACGAUGUGACACUGGAGUGUCACUCUGCAUUCUGCAUGCUGACAUGAAAUGAAGAUGGCACAGAUAGGGUCAGGGAUUGCGACUCUUAAAUUUGCAAGCUUAAUAGUUUGUGCAAUUCUGUUGGGACAAGGAGCCCCUGAGAAGACAGGCGGUGGUAAGGAAGACCAGAGAGAUGUCAUUUUGAAGGAGAUCAUAUCAAAAUGGAGUAAGGGAGGUGGUUUUAAUUCACAGCGAGCUCCCUCCGGUACAAACAAGGACCAAUCGGUGCCCACAUGGAUGAGGAAUUUUAUGGGGAGCUUAAAAAGUCUUGGGCUGUUUCCCAGCAAGAACCUAGCUUCAUUAAACAAACCGUUUGACAGACACCGUCUCUCCGGCUUCCUCUACAACAUCUCUCUGUACCUUCAGGAGAUGGGCGCCGAGCUGGAGGAGGCGCCGGCGGAUCCAGACGAGGAGCAGCUGUGGGAGAAGGUGCUGCACUUCUUCCUCCAGUCUGAAGGGAACGCUGCCCUGAACCAGUGGAACGGCCGUGUGCCGCCCCGACCCAGUGUCAGGGUGCAGGACUGGUUUCUGUCCCUGAGGGGAAGCCCACACUGGGACUGGUUGCUGGGCCUCCUGCAAAGUCUUAUUACUAUAUCAGAGCGGCAGCCUCACAAGCCGCUUCUCAGUUUCUUAUCACAGAACUGGAGGACCGUCAGUGCCGUGCUGGAGGCUGCACUUCAGGCUCUGGUCAGCGGGACGUAUGGACAGGCCAGUGCCGGCCUACAAGGCUUCAUCUGUGCGCUGAAAGGCCGCAAUGACUGCACGUUCAGUGUCAGCUGGCUUCAGCAGCUGUUGCAGUUCCUUGAAACACGCAACUGGAAGCCUGUGGUCAGCUUGCACCCAGCAGGCGAAGCGGCUGACCACAGUAAAGGCUCCGGCCCACUGGGACGCUUGAAGCCCUUCAGCUUGCCUCCUGAGGCUGUGAAGCAGGACGGUUUGUCUGGAAACGCAUCGACUGAAGGCCUCACGGCUGCAGAGGACGACCCAGACUCCAUGCAGAGCUUUCUGCUGCAGGCUUUAUCACGUUCAGGAGGAGAGCGAGGGGCCCACCUGGCACAGAAGAACCUCGCUCUGGUGCAGGGUUUGGACGGCCUGCGCACAGGCUUUCUGCACAGGGUGGGGAACUCUGUCUACGGUAACCUGAGGAAGAAAGUGUCGCGGGUUACCAUGGCGCUGCUGGAUGACGUGAGCAGUUUGGUGGAUGUGCCUCAGCCCAACGCUCAGGGCAGAUGCUCCAUUGGUGAUUUAAGACAGCUGAUCCUUUGGGGGAUAAGGCAUAACGUGAUGUGGAACACUCAGGCUAUGGGCAUUAACUCUCAGGGCCUCCCAAGCUCCCUCCCAUCCCUGUUCUGCCCCUUCAGUAAAGGAGAUGAGCUAAGAUCAGCCCCCUCUUCACAAAGAAUGCCCACAAAAAAGCAUGUUCUGGAACCACCCUCCACUGUGCCUCGGCGCUUCCAUUUUGGGCGAUCGCAAGCAUCAGGAGAAACCAUCAACCUGGAGAAAGAGAUGGAGUUCUUUUCAACAGAAAUUUUGGAAGCAGCGUGUAAUGAUUCCAUUCCAGGCUUGACAGGUGUCUCCAACUUCACCGUUUUUCUCUACUGUAAGCUAUUUGAAAGUGAGAAUGGGACAAGCAAUCCUGCUGUAGCUCAGAUGGGGCUCGACCUUCACGCUACAUGCUCCGAUGCAGCUUGGUACCUGUCCGCCGCUGAAGAGGACUUUCUUUGGGUCCAUGUCUGCAGUGAGUUUUUUGCCCAUGAAUUCAAUAACACAGUGUGUGCCAACUCAUCUUUCUGGCUGGAGAGAGCACAUCAGGCUUCGGUUACAAAGGAUUAUCACUUUCCUAACCACACAAGUAUAGAUGACCUGUGUGUGCAGCUCUCCAGUGAGCUGAUACUGAGUCCAGGACUCAGUGAGAACUGUCUGGCUCAGUUGGGCAGCAGGUCACUCAGUGCCCAAGCAUUCAGACACUGCUUCCUACCCAACAACUCAGUCUUGAUCUCAUCUCUGUGUGGAAGAGACUCCCCUGACUCCCAGCAGUCCUUGCCGGAGGGCAGCUGGGCUGCAGCAUACUGCUCUAAGAUGCACAACGCCUCCUACGACAACGACGCAGUCGAGAAUUGUCACUUCAGGGAGUGGACUGUUGAUCAAUUCACCAACUCAACCCUGCUGGAGCUCUGCCGACAGACACAUGGAUUCAGGGAGUACAUAUGUCUGAACGCCACGCUCUACCGUCACCUGUUAAGAAUAAAGCCUCAGUUUGCUGAUGCCUGUGGUGACCUGCAGGCAGAGCAGGAGGCUCGAAAGUGCUUCCUGCAGAGGUUCUUUGACAUGCUCCCUGCGCCGUAUGAGUUUGACACAUCGCAGUUGUGUGUGGAUCCGGCGCCAAUGCUGGUAGAAGUUCUGCACAAGAUGAGUGUGUGUGAAGUUGAAGGAGGGGAGCGUGAACAUUAUUUGGUGGCGCUGGGGUACGUGUUGCGGGUGUUGGACUUCAUGGUGGGCCUUUCUUCAGGGCUGGAUGAGGGCGAAAGAGAGGCAAGACAAGGCCUGGGACAGGCCAUCCUGCUCUCCAGCCUGCUGGACAACACGUCCUGGGCUGCGCUGCAGCCGGAAGCCUCCACAAGUGUCCUUCACACAGUGGGAGUCUUUCUGCGCAGAGAGCAGAACGCCACUUUAAAAGAGGACCUGCUGAGCUGCUUCAGUCCCGUCCUGUGGGACCUCAUCCAGCGGGAUGAUAAUUCCUCUGCUCUCAGGGUAUUGCUGCAGGAGUACCUCCAGAUGCCACGAGACAGUAUUCGUACCCUGGUGAUGUCUGCUGAAAAAGAUGCAGUGAAAAGAUUUCUGUCUCACAUGCAUCAGAGCUGGGACCAGCUUCAAGUCGAAACCAGCCAGGCUUCACAAAAAGAGCUGCAGGCCAUGGAAACAAUGACUGCUGCUUUCAUCCAUAAGUUCCCGCGAGUGACACCGGAGCUCUUUGUGGACCUUUCUCAGUUCAUCCCCUUCAUGUCUGUCUCUGACAUUAUGAAUUUCCCAACCUCUCUGAUUGUCAACGACAGUGUCUUGAUGGCCAUUCGUGACCACAGUUCAGGGAUGAAGUCGCUGCAGAAAAAAGCCUUUGUACAGAGGCUCCUCCAGUCCAGUGUGGUGGGUGAUGUUUCAACAUGGCCGUCAUACUUCCUCACCUCCAUCCUCCCUCUCUUGCCGUAUCUACCAGUCAGUCACUUUCAGCGACUGACAGCACAGCAGCUUACCCCUGUGGUGGAGUUGCUGGGCAAUGGCAGCCUGGAUGGUGUGAGGGGACGCCAUGUGCUCCGGACCCUCUUCAGUAAGAAGAAUCUUACCAGUGAUGACGUCCUGAGAUUAGGAGUCCUUGCAUGCUACCUGGAGCCAGCAGACCUGGGCUCAUACCUCCAGGACCAAGCUGUGUCCGCUGCCCUCUGGCAGCAGCUGUCUCAGUGCCUGGAUAAAGGACUCAUCAGCGCCAGCGGCAGGCUGUCAUCUUGGCUGAUUCCAGCAGUUCAGACGCUGAAUGUGAGCAGCCUGGCUCCUCCAGAGCUGUCUGCCCUCGGUGGUCUGCUGCUCCAGUUGGGAUCGUCCUUCCUGCUGUCUCUCCCCACUCAACGACUCCUUGAAGUCCUGUCCCAGCCGGGGCUGCACUCGUUCUCUUCAGCACAGGCUUUUCAAAUUCUCUCCAAGAUUUCAAAGGAAACCAAUCUCACCAUGGACACGCUGUGCCGACUGAAGCCGUUACACUCGGGCCUGUCCCCCACUGUGCUCAGAGACCUCCAGUGGUCUGAGAUCAGCGCAGCAGAACACUGCCGGUGCUGGAGGACGCUGCUAACUGAGCUUAAGCCUGGCCACAGAGCCAUGCUAUACAAUGCAAUGCAGGAGGCUCUCCAGAGCGACGUGAUGAACAUCUCUAAACAGGUAAACUGUCUUUUGCCAUUUGUCCCUCUGAGGAAACUGAUACAGGCUGCGAACGGCAAAACCAUUUUAAGGGACAUCGACGUGUACGGACGCAUACACUGGUCUCCACAGCAGGCUCAGCUGUUGUUUAACAGGGUCCACAAAUUUAAAAACAUUACCGGCCAAUCAGUGAGGGAUCUGGGCCGUAUUGCUGGUGGAAUGACUUGUGACUUUUUGAGGCUGUGGAGUAAUGAUACAGAUUUCUCAGAGAUGCUUCAGUUUGUUAGCGAGCUGCCUGGAAGCACAAGACCUGCUCUGCGGAAAUGUAUUGUGGAAGAACUGAGGAAGCAGCCUGCGCUCAACAUCACUGCUUUGAGUCCUGGGUUUGCUGCAACUUUGCCAGUGACGAUGAUAGAGAACCUCUCUAAUGCCUCCUUUACAGCUGUCCUAGACCACAUUCAAACUCACUUCACUGAUUUCCUCAAACUGCCACAUUACAAACAGACUAAUUUAGCUGAGAGGACCGUCGCCGAGCAGGGAUCCCGUCUGGCUGAAGGCCUGAUUGACGGCGCCCUUCUGGACGCCCUGGGGCCUCUGCUGCCUUUCUUGGACCGCGACAGUUUGGCUUUGGUUGACAGAGGGGCUCUCGCUCUGCGUCUGGAGGAGAUGAGAAGUUUCUGUCUUCCUAAAAAGGCUCUGAGAGAUAUUAGUGCCCUGCUCACGGAGAAAGACCUUCUUGGCGAACCAUCCAAAUGGCAAGUCGGGGAUGUUGAACAUUUGGGCAGACUGGUGUUUGUGCUUUCAACAAAGCAGAUUAACUCCAUCCCACUGGCGGUGUUGAAUAAAGACAUCGUGGAGCAGGUCCUGGUGGGUCAAAGGCGCUGGGAGGACAGCCUCGUCGGUGGAGUGUGUGUUGCUCGGUGUGUGGACCAGCUUCGCCAGAGACAGCAGACUCAGAGUCUGCUUCGAGGGAUCGUCAAAGCACGCCACAGGAGGGCAAAGAUGCCAGUUCCGAGCUGUGCGGACAUUCGAGGGACGUUUCCUUCGGCGUGGGCAUCCACGCAGCUCAGCCGGAUGUCGGAGGAGGAGCUGAAGCAGUGUGUGGAGGUGUUCGGUCAGGACUCCUCUCUGAUCUCUGAGCAGCGCCGGUCGCUGUGGGUGAAACUCAGGCCGUCCUUCAGUCCAGUCAGAGAGCUGGGAGCAGACCGCCUGCUGGCUCUGGGCUCGCUGGUCACUGAAAUGGGAGAGCGAGAGCUGCAGGACGCCAACCUGACUGAUCCUGGCGUGUUGGCACAUCUGGGCGCUCUGACUGGCUGGAGCCACAGGAGGAUGAGAGCGGCGAUUUUAAGUGUGAUGCGGAAACAAAAACUGAGAGUAGAGCAGUUGUCGCCUGUUCAUCUGGCAACAUUUGGACACCUGAUCUGUGGUUUUUAUCCCUCAGAAAUCAAAAGACUGAGUCCUUACAACCUCAGCGUGGCCGUCCAGUUCCUGCGGGAGACGGUCCUGCCGUGCACGGAACAGCAGAUGGAGGCGCUGACAAGCUGUUUGUCUAGACUGGAGGCCUUUGGUCCAGUCAGCGCUUGGGGACCAGAAGUUUUCACUGAAAUUGGGACGAUGGCAGCGGGCCUGCCGGACAUGGCACUGUCAGCUCUGCUGCAAGAACAAGUGGAGGGAAUCAUCCCCGCAGCUCUCGCCCUGAUGGCGCCAAAAAAGAUGGCCGUGGUGUUUAGUGCGGUUCAGUUGUCGUGGCUCAGCGCGGAGCAGGCGUGGGCUGUCACCGAGGAGCAGUGGGCAGAGCUGGACACUGAACAGAGACACGCUGUAGGACUAGCACGAUAUGAGGGAGACGUCCUGCUGGAGCUGAGGGGGAGGAAUUGGGCUCCAGCAGCCCUGAACACAGGCACGCUCACUUUAUGCUCGCUGGCUCUGUGCCUCUCGUUAUGGCAACCAAUUUAAAACGCUGGAACAGCAUUUAAUUGUCCCUUCGACCUCCCUUG